CCUUCUUCCCGCACGUACACAGUUUAAGGGUUUCGAUGUGGUAUUCAAUGUGCACCUGUUCUAAGAAAACUCUAACAUUAUGUUGGAAGUAUAACCAUAAUCAAAUUAACCCCUUGUUUCAUUUCUUUUGUAUAUUGUUGGUUUGUCGAUAAAUGCGGCCCGCGACGAAUAUUCCCUUCAAGCCCUCAAGCACCAAUGCCUGCCUCGACCCCGAAGGUUCCUAGAAAACGUCAGGACUUGCUUGAAUCAGGGCUUGCGUGCCUGGUGUGCCGCCAGAGGAAAACUAAAUGCGACGGCGUAAGGCCGACGUGUGGACGAUGUCUUAGACUUGGGAAGCCAUGCCAGUAUGCGGGAACUCCUAGGGCCAGGGUUAAAAAGCUCGAAGAAACGAUACAGAGCUUGGAGAGCGAGAUAGCCGCACUCAGAACUAACUCAUCUCCUCCUAUUCACGACGCGGGGCCCACUGAAACCUAUUCCAGCUCACGGAUCCCUCGAUUGGCCAUUUUACCACAGCUUGAGAUAGUGCAGGAGCUGUAUACGACCAAGGCAUUCCAUGUCCCCGAGACCAUACCCAUAUUUCCCAUAUCAACUCUUUUCUCUGACACUUCCUUCGCAUCUGCAGAAGAGCAGCCAUCCUCUCAUCCAGGAGAGGCUUACCCAAAAGUUAUUACUCGUGUCACGGUGGAACGUGCUCUGGCGAACUGGGACGUCCGGACAGAAAUACCACCCCAACUUAAAGAUUAUCUUCUUCGUAUCUUCCUCGCCCAUCGUUUCCAAUUCCAUUCUGGACCGCUUGUUGCAAGGCUGUUCGAAGGCACACGUUCUUCUACCGAUGACAGGGCUCUUCACCCCUCCCUUAUGAAUUCAAUGUACCUUCUUGCUUGCCACGUCGGUGGGGGCUCUAUGUCUUCCUAUGAAUCCUUUUUUGUGGCUCGGACCCGCGCGGAUCUGGACGCAUCAUUGGCUUUCGUUGAUCGUCUUGUGGACUUCCUUCUUGCUUCGGCUCUACUUGGAGUCUACUUUACUCGCACUCGUCGAUAUCCCGAAGCCUACACGACCUUAUCCGGUGCCAUUCGAUUCGCUAUCGCUUGUGGACUGCAACCAUUGACUGCUGCCCAGCAUCAAGGCAGCGCAGGCUUGCUGCCUCUCCCCAGAAAUGAUCUCGAGAUGAUUGAACAAAGGCACAUCUGGUCCGCAUUGAAUGUGGCGGAUCGCAUUCUCACAAGAGAAUCAGGAUUUCCCAGCUCAUUGCCCGAGGAUGCGCUUGCUGAAAUUUAUAGAUCUGCAUGUGGCAUCAGCUUUCAGGAUCCCACAGAUGUCUUGGGUGUCUCCAACUCCGAUUGGACCCAUCGCCUGGCCUCGCCCAAUGCAUUUCUCAAUCCUGGCAUAUUCGACGUCAGUAGAGAAUUCGAUCAUGUCUGUCUCAGAGCCAGGAUAGAGUUGCUUUAUGAAAGCAUACGACUCUUCCGUGCGCGCAAUAGGGGAGACGCUGAAAUUAACUUCGUGGGGUGCUCGAGCGUUCCAUUCUGGCAAACAUUCAACUUUCUCGAAACAUCUCUCUUCGAAUGUCAAAAAUUAAUGUCAUCGUUGGAUAGUACAUUUGAGCUAGGAGAUGGCGACUGCGGUGAACCCUGGUUUGACUGCCCAAUUCCUCAAACUCAAAAUCUCGACGGAGCGACAAUUUUUACCCACAGACCUAUACCAGCUCUUUUUUCGGCAAAGGUGAUGAUGUUUGCGGCGGUGAUCAGCUUGCAAAAUUCUCUGCUCGAAUCCCCUUAUGUCGCGGACAUAUCUGGAGAGGGAAUUGUCACCGAGGCACGCCGAAAUGCUGUGCAGGCGGCGAAAGGGAUGGCCGCUUUGCUCAAGUCGGUAAUGUCUCCGUCUGCGACCAUGGCGCUCCGGAGACAAGCGGGGGCCGUCUACUCCCCUAUGUCCACGGUCUACAGGGAUCUCUCGCUCUUGGUGGGUGUCCCCAAAAGACCUUGGCAUUUCAUUAUCUUUACGCUGAGCUUUCCAGCCCCAUGUCUUGGACGCCUCUGUCGUGAUGGCUCACGAGAUCCAAAGGUCCCCCAUUUCACACACCAACGGAGUCGAGCUCGACAGGCAAAUAGGGGACGUUGACAUCUUCCGGACUCUGGUGACUGCAUUGCGGGACUUAGGGGCAUCCGAUCCAUCAAUGUCAAUGGACAAGGAAGUGCAAACACUCAUUGGGAUUCUCGCUGAUGGCAUUCGUGCAUUAUCGGAUUUGUCGUCACCUGUCAGCAAGGAGCAGGCUGAGCCACAUGUACAAU